AUGGACAAGCUGCUAGAGGAGCAUGAUGAUGAUUGCAACCCGUGCGUAUCAAGCAUAGAUGACAAUGAAGGUAUGAGUGUUGGACCUGUUGUUUAUGACCUCAAUAAAAAGCAAGAAGAGAUUGUCACAAGAGUUACGUCUGCGGCUAAGUCGGGCAAAACAAGCAAAGACCGUGUGUUCUUCGUUUACAGAAAGGCCGGCUGUGGCGAAACUUGCACCUUUAACGUUUUGAUUCAUGUACUUGAAAGCAGUGGAUUUAUCAUCGCUGUCGCUUCUACUUGGAAAGCUGUCACGCUUUUGAAGGAUGGUCAAAAUUGCCAAAUUGGUCAAAUUGCCAAACAGGAUGGUCAAAUUCGGCAACUCAACUCUGAUUCUGUUGCCAAUGUAGAUGCUUCUGUACAAGGAAAGAUGUUGCGCGACAUUGACGUAAUAGUAUGGGAUGAGAUUUCUAUGCAAACUCGAUACGCAGUCGAAUGUAUGGACAGAUUAUUAUGUGGCUGCACCAGAUAA